AUGCUGCGGGGCGCGGGCCCCGCGCUGCUGGCCGCCCUGUGCCUGGCGCUGGCGGGGGCGGCGGCGGGCGCGCGGCGGGGCCGGAGGCAGGAGCAGCAGCGGCUGCUGCCCCCGCUCUCGGCCGCCGUCAGCGAGAGCAAGCCUGGCUGUUACGAUAACGGGAAUCACUAUCAUAUAAACCAACAAUGGGAACGCACGUACCUGGGCAACGUCCUGAUCUGUACGUGUUACGGGGGAAGCCGAGGCUUUAACUGCGAGAGCAAGCCCGAAGCCGAAGAGACUUGCUUUGACAAGUACACUGGGAACACUUACAAGGUGGGGGAAACUUAUGAGCGUCCCAAGGACUCCAUGAUCUGGGACUGUACCUGCAUCGGGGCCGGUCGGAGAAGAAUAAGCUGUACCAUUGCAAACCGCUGCCACGAAGGGGGUCAGUCCUACAAGAUUGGCGACACCUGGAGGAGACCACAUGAGACCGGUGGCUACAUGUUAGAGUGUGUGUGUCUUGGUAACGGGAAAGGAGAAUGGACCUGCAAGCCCAUAGCUGAGAAGUGUUUUGACAACGCUGCUGGGACGUCCUACGUUGUCGGGGAAACCUGGGAGAAGCCCUAUCAAGGCUGGAUGAUGGUGGAUUGUACUUGUCUGGGAGAAGGCAGCGGACGCAUCACCUGCACCUCCAGAAACAGAUGCAACGACCAGGACACCAUGACAUCCUAUCGCAUCGGGGAGACCUGGAGCAAGAAGGACACCCGGGGGAACCAGCUCCAGUGCAUCUGCACGGGCAACGGCAGGGGGGAGUGGAAGUGUGAGAGGCACACGUCCCUGCAGACCACGUCCACUGAUGUUGAAAUGGCCGUUUUUCAGCGUCAGCCCCAGCCUCAGCCUCAGCCUCAGCCUUACCCCCAGCCUCCUUCAUAUCCUCACUGUAUCACAGACAGCGGUGUGAUCUACUCAGUCGGGAUGCAGUGGCUGAAGAUACAAGGAGAUAAGCAGAUGCUUUGCACUUGCCUGGGCAAUGGAGUCAGCUGCGAAGAGAGAGCUGUCACUCGGACUUUUGGUGGCAAUUCCAACGGGGAGCCAUGUGUCCUACCAUUCACCUACAACAGCCGGACUUUCUACUCCUGCACCGGCGAAGGGCGACAGGAUGGACAUUUCUGGUGCAGCACGACUUCCAAUUAUGAACAAGACCAGAAAUAUUCCUUCUGUACAGACCAGACUGUUAUGGUUCAAACUCGAGGUGGAAAUUCCAAUGGUGCCUUGUGCCACUUCCCCUUCCUGUACAACAACCACAACUACACCGACUGUACCUCCGAGGGCAGGAGAGACAACAUGAAGUGGUGCGGGACCACGCCCAACUACGACACUGACCAGAAGUUUGGGUUCUGCCCCAUGGCCGCCCACGAAGAAAUCUGCACGACCAGCGAAGGGAUCAUGUACCGCGUUGGAGACCAGUGGGAUAAGCAGCAUGACAUGGGGCACAUGAUGAGGUGCACAUGUGUGGGCAAUGGUCGUGGGGAAUGGACCUGUGUCGCCUACUCCCAGCUCCGAGAUCAGUGCAUUGUGGACGACGUCACUUACAAUGUGAAUGACACAUUUCACAAGCGCCAUGAAGAGGGCCACUUGCUCAACUGCACCUGCUAUGGUCAGGGCCGGGGCCGGUGGAAGUGUGAUCCCGUCGACCAAUGCCAAGAUUCAGAAACCCGAACAUUUUAUCAAAUCGGAGACACCUGGGAGAAGUAUGGGCAGGGAGUCAGGUACCAGUGCUAUUGCUUCGGUCGUGGCAUUGGAGAAUGGCAUUGCCAACCUCUUCAGUCCUAUGCAGUUCCAUCUUCAGAAAGGACUGGUCCUGUCCAGGUUAUCAUCACCGAGACCCCCAGCCAACCCAACACUCACCCCAUCCAGUGGAAUGUGCCCGAGUCAUCCCACAUCACCCAGUACAUCCUCCGAUGGAGGCCUAAAAAUUCUCCAGGCCCUUGGAAGGAGGCCACCAUUCCAGGUCACUUAAACUCCUACAUGAUCAAAGGCCUGAGACCGAACGUGGUGUAUGAGGGGCAGCUCAUCAGUUUCCAGCAGUCUGGCCAGAGAGAGGUGACACGCUUUGACUUCACAACCACCAGCACCAACUCCAUGUCCGGCAACACCGUGACGGGCGAGACAACACCCCUUUCUCCCGUUGUGGCCACUUCUGAAUCUGUCACUGAAAUCACGUCCAGCGGCUUUGUGGUCUCCUGGGUCUCAGCUUCAGACACGGUGACAGGAUUCCGUGUGGAAUACGAGCUGAGCGAGGAUGGAAGCCACCCCCAUUACCUGGACCUUCCAAGCACGGCCACCUCUGUGAACCUCCCCGACCUGCUGCCUGGCCGGAAGUACAUUGUGAACGUCUAUCAGAUAUCCGAGGAGGGAGAGCAGAGUCUGAUCCUGUCUACCUCACAGACAACAGCACCCGAUGCCCCCCCUAAUCCUACCGUGGGCCGAGUUGAUGACACCGCCAUUGUUGUUCGCUGGAGCAGGCCCCAGGCACCCAUCACAGGGUACAGAAUCGUGUAUUCACCCUCAGUUGAAGGCAGUAGCACAGAACUCAACCUUCCUGAGACCGCCAACUCCGUCACCCUCAGUGACCUGCUGCCUGGCGUGCGGUAUAACAUCACCAUCUACGCUGUGGAGGAAAAUCUAGAAAGCGCGCCUGUCUUCAUCCAGCAGGAGACCACUGGCGUCCCCCGUGCAGAUAAAGUGCCCCCGCCCCGGGACCUGCAGUUCGUGGAAGUGACGGACGUGAAGGUCACCAUCAUGUGGACAGCCCCCGACAGCGCCGUGACCGGGUACCGCGUGGAUGUGAUCCCCGUCCACAUGCCCGGGGAGCACGGCCAGCAGCUGCCCGUCAGCAGGAACACCUUUGCCGAAAUCCUGGGGCUGACCCCCGGGGUCACGUACCACUUCAAGGUCUUUGCCGUGAACCACGGCAUGGAGAGCAAGCCUCUCGUGGGAGAACAGACCACCAAAUUGGAUGCUCCCACUAACCUCCAGUUUAUGAAUGAAACUGACACGACUGUCAUAGUGACUUGGACUCCGCCUCGGGCCCGGAUAAGCGGGUACCGACUGACCGUGGGCCUGACCCGGGGAGGCCAACCCCAGCAGUUCAAUGUGGGGCCCUCCGCCACACAGCACCCCCUGAAGAAUCUGCAGCCUGGGUCUGAGAACACGGUCACCCUCGUGGCUGUGAAAGGCAACCAGCAGAGCCCCCCGGUCACUGGAGUCUUUACUACCCAGAAGCCCAUGAGCUCCAUCCCACAUUACGACACAGAGGUGAAUGAGACCACCAUAGUGAUAACAUGGACACCUGCUCCCAGGAUUGGCUUUAAGCUGGGGGUACGACCAAGCCAGGGAGGAGAAGCUCCGCGAGAAGUGACUUCAAACUCAGGGAGCAUCGUGGUGUCUGGCCUGACGCCAGGUGUGGAGUACGAGUACUCCGUCUCGGUCCUCAAAGACGGGCGACAGAGCGGCACACCCGUUGUCAACAAAGUGGUGACGCCUAUAACUCCCCCAACAAACUUACACCUGGAGAGCAACCCUGACACUGGAGUGCUGACAGUCUCCUGGGAAAGAAGCACCACCCCUGACAUCAGUGGUUAUAGAAUCACCACCAUCCCUACAAAUGGCCAGACGGGAUAUUCCUUGGAAGAAGUGGUCCAUGCAGAUCAGAGUUCCUGCACUUUUGAGCACCUGAGUCCUGGCCUGGAGUACAAUGUCAGUGUUUACACGAUCAAAGAUGACAAGGAAAGUGCCCCUAUCUCUGCUGCCAUCGUGCCAGCUGUCCCUCCUCCCACUGACCUGCGGUUCACCAAUGUUGGUCCAGACACUAUUCGUGUCACGUGGGCCCCGCCUCCAUCCAUUGAAUUGAGCAACUUCCUGGUACGCUACUCACCCGUGAAAAAUGAGGAGGAUGUUGCAGAGCUGUCCAUUUCUCCAUCAGACAAUGUGGUGGUCUUGACAAAUCUCCUGCCUGGCACAGAAUAUUUGGUCAGCGUCUCCAGUGUUUAUGAACAACACGAGAGCACACCUCUCAGAGGAAGACAGAAAACAGGUCUUGAUUCCCCAACUGGCAUUGACUUCUCUGAAAUCACUGCCAACUCUUUCACGGUGCAUUGGAUUGCUCCUCGAGCCACCGUCACUGGCUACAGGAUUCGCCAUCAUCCCGAACGUGGUAGUGGAAGACCUCGAGAAGAUCGAGUGCCCCCGACUCGGAAUUCCAUCACCCUCACCAACCUCAGUCCGGGCACAGAAUAUGUGGUCAGCAUUGUUGCACUCAAUGGCAGAGAGGAAAGUCCCUCAUUGGUUGGUCAGCAAUCAACAGUUUCUGAUGUUCCACGGGACCUGGCAAUUAUUGCCACGAACCCCACCAGCCUCCUGCUGAGCUGGGAAGCUCCCCCCGUCACAGUGAGGUAUUACAGGAUCACCUAUGGAGAAACAGGAGGACAUGGCCCUGUCCAGGAGUUCACUGUGCCGGGGAGCAGGUCUACAGCAGAAAUCAAGGGCCUUACCCCUGGAGUAGACUACACCGUCACUGUGUAUGCUGUCACAGGCCGCGGGGACAGCCCGGCAAGCAGCAAGCCAGUUUCCAUUAAUUACCAGACAGGAAUUGACAAACCACCACAGAUGCAUAUCACUGAUGUUCAGGAUAAUAGCAUCAGUGUCAGAUGGCUGCCCUCAAGCUCCCCAGUCACUGGCUACAGAGUGACCACUGUUCCCAAAAACGGCCGGGGACCACCCAUCACGAAAACUGCAGGUCCAGAUCAAACAGAAAUGACCAUCGAAAGCUUGCAGCCCACAGUGGAGUAUGAGGUCAGUGUCUACGCUCAGAGUCCAAACGGAGAGAGUAAGCCUCUGGUCCAGACGGCCGUCACCAACAUUGAUCGCCCUAAAGGACUGACAUUCACUGAGGUGAAUGUCGAUUCCAUCAAAAUUGCCUGGAAAAGCCCACAGGGGCACGUUUCCAAGUACAGGGUGACCUACUCGAGCCCUGAGGAUGGAAUCCAUGAGGUCUUCCCUGGUGCUGAAGAAGAAACUGCAGAGCUGAAGGGCCUCAAGCCCGGUUCUGAGUACACAGUCAGUGUGGUUGCCUUGAACGGCGAUAAGGAGAGCAAGCCCUUGAUUGGAACGCAGUCUACAGCCAUUCCUGCACCAACCAAUCUGAAGUUCACUCAGGUUACCCCAACAAGCCUGACUGCCCAGUGGACAGCCCCCACUCUUAAGCUCACUGGCUAUCGGGUGUGGGUAACCCCCAAGGAUAAGACGGGACCAACAAAAGAAAUCAACCUUGCUCCCGAUAGCACAUCUGCGGUUAUCUCAGGACUCAUGGUGGCCACCAAAUAUGAAGUGAAUGUCUACGCUCUUAAGAACACUUUGACGAGCAGACCAGCUCAAGGAGUUGUCAGUACCUUGGAGAAUGUCAGCCCUCCACGAAGGGCCCGCGUGACAGAUGCCACUGAGACCACCAUCACCAUUAGCUGGAGAACCAAGACCGAGCCAAUCACCGGCUUCCAAGUUGAUGCUGUACCAGGAAAUGGCCAGAGUCCAGUUCAGAGAAUGAUCAGCCCCGAUGUCAGAAGCUACACCAUCACAGGCUUACAACCCGGCACUGACUACAAGCUCCACUUGUCCACCCUGAACGAGAAUGCCCGGAGCUCCCCUGUCAUCAUCGACGCCUCCACAGCCAUCGAUGCACCAUCCAACCUGCAUUUCCUGGCCACCACACCCAACUCCUUGCUGGUAGCAUGGCAGCCACCCCGAGCCAAGAUUACUGGUUACAUCAUCAAGUAUGAGAAGGCUGGGUCCCCUCUCAGAGAAGUGGUCCCUCGGCCCCGCCCUGGUGUCACAGAGGCUACUAUCACUGGUCUGGAGCCAGGAACCGAGUACACAGUCCACAUCAUUGCCCUUAAGAACAACCAGAAGAGUGAGCCUCUGAUCGGGAGGAAAACGACAGAUGAGCUUCCCAAACUGGUAACCCUUCCACACCCCAAUCAUCAUGGACCAGAGAUCUUGGAUGUUCCCUCCACAGCUCAAAAGACCCCUUCUGACAACAUUCCUGGCACUGCAGGUGGGCAGCCCAAUGAUGCUCGACAAAUGAUCUUUGAGGAGCAUGGAUUUAGGCGGACCACACCACCCACAAUGGCCACCCCUGUCAGGCCUAGGCCAGGACAAGAGGCUCUCUCUCAGACAACCAUCUCUUGGACCCCACUCCAGGAAAGCUCUGAGUAUAUAAUUUCAUGUCAUCCAGUUGGCACUGAUGAAGAAACCUUACAGUUCCGAGUUCCUGGAACUUCUACUAGUGCUACCCUGACGGGUCUCACCAGAGGGACCACCUACAACAUCAUCGUGGAAGCAGUGAAGGACCAGCUGAGGCACAAAGUUCGGGAGGAGGUUGUUACUGUGGGCAACUCGGUUGACCAAACUACGGAUGACUCGUGCUUCGACCCCUACACGGUGUCGCAUUAUGCCGUUGGACAGGAGUGGGAGCGGUUGUCCGAGUCUGGCUUUAAGCUCUCCUGCCAGUGCUUAGGCUUUGGCAGCGGUCACUUCAGAUGUGACUCGUCUAAGUGGUGCCACGACAACGGUGUGAACUACAAGAUCGGAGAGAAGUGGGAUCACCAGAAAGAGAACGGCCAGCUGCUGAGCUGCACGUGUCUUGGAAACGGAAAAGGAGAAUUCAAGUGCGAGCCUCAUGAGGCCACGUGCUACGAUGAUGGGAAGACAUACCACACGGGAGAGCAGUGGCAGAAGGAGUAUCUCGGCGCCAUUUGCUCCUGCACAUGCUUCGGAGGCCAGCGGGGCUGGCGCUGUGACAACUGCCGCAGGCCAGGCGCCGGUCCCGGCCCCGAAGGAGCUGCUGGUCACUCCUACAACCAGUAUUCUCCGAGAUACCCACCCAGCUCUACUGUCGACUGCCCAAUUGAGUGCUUCAUGCCGGUAGGUGUCCAGGCUGACAGAGAAGAUUCCCGAGAGUAA